CAAACAAACAAACAAGAUAAUAAAUAAAGAAAUCUUAAACGUUUCUUCUUUCUAAUGAAUACUCCUUUUUAAUUUCCUGGCUUCUUAUUCUCUUCUGUCGCCUUCUGCCUAGCUUCUCUCUCCCUACUCGCUCGGAAUUCCGCAGUAACUUCUCCUUCAUGGCAAAUUCCAAAUCCAUUGCUCCGUCUUUACUGACCAAGGAAGAAGAGAAUGUUCAACACCAUCAUCAUCAUCAUCUUUCAAUAUUCACUGCAGCUAAGCCUUCUCUUUCUCCUUCCUCUUCCUCUUCCUCUUCUUCCACUGUGGAGGACUUGGCUUUGUCUGCUUCGUCUAAGAAAAUUGGAGAUAUCAAUGGAGAUGAUGAGGCGGAGGGUUAUCACACUCCAACAUCACCGGAGCAUAGAAUUCGUCCAUCGGUAGAUUGCCCGCCUGCACCGAAGAAGCCAAUCGAAGGUAGCCAGAGGAGGAAGAGGAAGGUUUCAUGGAGUAUUAGAAGAGAAUGUUUGCAUUUGGAGCUUAUGAGUUCUUAUAUGGAAGUUGAUGGUGUUUGGCUGAUGAAGAAGAGGCUUAGAAGGGAAGAAGAAAUUAAUUAAUGAAAGUUAUUAGUUAGUUAGUUUUCUUAGUUUUCUCUACCUUGUAAGUUACAUACUUGAGAAUGGAUUAACAGUUCCAUUUUAA